AUGGGCAGCGAUGAUGAACCCUUUUUCGGGCCUAGCAGCACUGUACACAUCCCAACAAAAGACCUCCUCUCUUGGAUCUUCGACGAAGCCAAAUAUUCGCCAGAUGAACCGAUCUACAUUGACCCUGGAGAUCCGAGACGUUCCCUCAGCCUGAGGCAAGCGAAGCAUCUGAUACGACGCCUCAUUGCCGGGUUUCGGUCGAGGUCGCUGGCGAAAGGCGAUUGCAUUUGUGUGCACUCUUUCAAUGAUCUGUAUUACUCCUGUGUCUUUCUAGCCGCUGUGGGGGCGGGAUUGACCUGGACUGGAACAAACCCUGGCUAUACCAACUACGAACUGCAACACCACCUGAAGGCGUCCAAAACGAAGCUGGUAAUAGCACAGCCUGACCUGUACGAUGGCAUACUAGCAGCCGCAAAAUCUUGCAACAUUCCCGAGGAGAAUGUGCUCAAGUUCGAUUCGCUGUCACAAGAGGACUUUUCUUCGAUUUCGUGGAAAAUCUUGCUACAAAAUGGAGCGCAAGACUGGGUACGGUUCGAGGACAAGUCCGUCGCAGAGUCUACUACUGCUUGUAUCCUGUUCAGCUCAGGAACCACUGGCCUGCCCAAGGCUGCGUGCCUCUCGCAUUACAACCUCGUUGCCCAGCACACCUUACUCCAAGAGCAAGUACAAAAGCCAUACAGAGUGAAACGAAUUCUCUGUCUGCCCUUCUUCCACGCCGCCAUGGCCAUAAUCGGGCACAUAACUCCGCUGCGCUCGGGUCACAUCGCCUACGUUAUGCCGCGAUUCCAAGUUGAGGAUUUCCUCCGCUUCACCGAGAAGUAUGAGGUGACGGAACUGUUCGUUGUACCGCCAAUCAUCGUCUCAAUUCUGCAGUCUCCUUUGAUCCAAAAAUACUCUUUAAGAAGCCUACGGUCGGGCAUGACAGGUGGCGCUAAAAUAGACCUUUUGUCUCAGAAAAGGUUUACGGCUCUGAUGCACCCGGAAGGCUGCAUCAACCCUUGCUAUGGAAUGACUGAGCUCAGCUGUAUUGGAUCAUGUUACCCCUGGCCAGAAUUAGACAUCGAUGGAAGCGAGGUUCGGGCUUACAACAAAAUCGGGGAGAUAUGGAUUCGCGGUCCAACUGUGAUCAAAGGUUACCUCGACAAUCCUGAAGCGAAUUCGUUGUCCUUCUCUGGAAGAUGGUUCCACACUGGUGACGUCGCGUAUUGUGAUGGGAAGACCAAAAAGUGGUAUAUUGUGGACAGGAAAAAGGAGUUGAUCAAGGUUCGAGGCUUCCAGGUCGCACCACCUGAGCUAGAAGGCGUGCUGAUGUCACAUCCUUUAAUAUCUGAUGCUGCGGUGAUUGGGGUACCGUCCUCUGAUCCUGUGGAUGGAGAGCUUCCUCGGGCAUACAUUGUGCGAAGACCAGGGCAUGAUGCCGAUGCACUGAGUGAAGACCAGGUCAAACAGUACGUUGCAGGGCGUCUUGCCAAAUAUAAACAGCUGAACGGCGGCAUCGUCUUUGUGCAGAGCCUGCCAAAGACGGCCAGUGGGAAGUAUCUCAAGAGGAAUCUACGGGACCUUUACCAGAAGGAAGCUUCUAGUUCAACACUGAAGUUGUAA